AUGAAGAGCGGCGAGAACGUGUGCCAGAGAUGUCAGCGGAUGGGUUUGCAAUGUGUCGUCAACAAGAGUCUGCAGACGUUGCUGGACGACGAGGCCGAAUGGAAGACCACGAUGGAACUUGCGGUGACGGAUCUACUGAGGAAAGCUCAGCUCCCAGAGCUGUCAUACUACCAGGCGAGCGCUCAAAAGAACCAAUCUGGAGAAAAGGAUCGCAAGUUGUCGACGGUGUCAGUCGAAGCGCCAGCCUAUACGGAAGAGCAAAAAGGAUCGGGGGAAGCAAGACAGCCUGGGUCGUCUGGCUAUCGAGGCCAUGGGGAACAGUCUCAUUACUCUCCGGAGAGGGAAGAGCCAGGCACAACCUCCUUGGUAACGGCACCAAUGGGAAGUCUCUACGAAGUCACCCAGUUGAGUCAUUCUCGAGAAAACUCUCCCGGCCGCCAGUACGCGCCAGAUCGAGCGAUCGCAACCGAUUUGAUCUCGCGGGGCGUGGUCGAGCAAGCAGAGGCGGAAGAACUCUUCAACUACUUUGAUAGACGUCUGAACCACUAUCUAUGGGAUGGAAUGGCUAUGCCGCAUAAGGAUCUGUUGUCGGUGCGACGGUCCUCCAGUCUGCUGCUGGCAGCUGUGCUGGCAGUUACCGCCUUACAUAUCCCGAGCAAGGAACGCACCUUCGACACCUGCUACGCCGAAUUCGCCAGACUCGCGUCGGACUCGAUGUUGAGUCGACACCAUACGUUCGAUGAUCUCCGUGCCCUGUGCAUUGGCGCCUUCUGGCUGUCGGACGUCAGCUGGAAGUUGUCUGGAUAUGCGGUGCGGAUUGCGACCGAGCGCAACUUGCAUCAGUGCUACCGUAAGGCCGUACAGGGCUCUCCCGAGCAUCGGGAACAAGCACGGCUCUGGUAUCUGCUCUAUGUGUUGGAACAUCAUUUCUCGAUCGCCUACGGAAGACCACCUAUUAUUCACGAAGAUACCUGUAUUACGAAUCACGACACCUUCUUGCAGUCGCCAACGGUUGAGCAGCGUGACAUACGCCUGCAUAGCCAAGUUGCCCUGUUCAUCAUCCUGACUCGCAUCUACCACGCUUUCGGGCCCGAUGUGGAUCUGGAAGUGUUGGAGCAUGAAUUGCCGAAAAUUGAGAGAUUUGACGCCGAUAUAGAGAAUUGGCGAGUCACGUGGGAGCCUCGUUUAGAGGGGAAUCCCUAUGUGGGUGAUUACCCAUGGAAGGCUGUCAACCUGCACUACCAUUUUUCUCGCCUGACGUUAAACUCUCUUGCUCUGAGGACCUAUCAUUCGGCGACAUCGGUUCGGCCGAUGUCAGCGGAACGCAAGAAAUAUGCCGAGAUUGCGAUCAACUCGGCGAUUUCUACUCUAACCGUCGUCCUUGACGAACCCGACAUCCAGAAGGGUUUGGUGGGGGUUCCUUUAUUCUUACACAGCAUGAUCACCUUUGCGGCGGUGUUCUUGCUCAAGAUCGCUGUCAAGGUACAUCCCAGUUGCCUCACGGCGCCUGGUUACCAGCCCAACUCGAUUGCAUCAGCUGGCCUGCGCAUCGACGUUCCCUACGUGCUGAGCAUCGUGGAGAAGAUCGUCGAUCUGAUGGUCUCGAUCAGCGAGCAGGCCAGUGAGCGACACGUGAGUCACCACAUCGCGCGCGGGCUGCGAAAGAUGCUGGACGGAUUCCGGGAAUGGGAGAAGAGGAAUCCGCAGCCGCCGCAGCAGAAACAGCAUCCGAGCUGGUUGCACGAGAACCCAUCUCUCUACAAUCCAGUAGCGACGACGGGCUCGCAGGCGUUCAGCGAGCGGGACACGAUCCUCAGCCAUCCACCUCCGCUGCUGGGCGUGGCGCCGUUGUCUGCCGAGCGUGGGAGCAAUAACAGCAACCAAGCUAACAACAACAACAACAAUAAUAAUAAUAACAAUCAAAAUGAGUUUGCGCAGGACAAGCCGCGCAUGGGGCUUUCGGAAGGGUCGUUGGAUCCGAUGAUGGCUGAUCUGUGGGGGUUUGACGAGGAGUAUUUCCCGACGGGCGUUUUUGAUUUCUUGCAGUCUCAGAUGCCGGCGAUAUAUCUAGAUCUACCAGUCUUGGGAUAUCUGUUCUCGCACGAGGAGAUAAUUUCAAAAUCAGGUAUGUACCUACGUGCGACGCAAGCAAAACCACUCAGACUAAAAGAUAAACGACAAGCCAUGCAACUAUGUACUGUAUACACAUUACUACUUCCCCUCUUUAUCAGAGGCCGUCCCAAUGUCAAUAUCAGCAGAAUCAAAAAGCAACUCAUCACGCUCCCACAUCAACUCGACCGCAGCCCCAACCGGACCCGCGAGCAGGGCGAAGAACACCACCUUGGGGACGAGCGAUGUCCAGAAGAAGCCGUUGUCUUGCACCCCAUGGAAGUUUCUGACGCGAGCGCAAACGUUCAAAUAUUGGCAUCCCGCCCAGCAAAGCAUAGCCAUUGA